AGCAAGAAUCUACAAUGUAGAUGAGACAGGUCUACAAAUGAACAACAAACCAGGCUUUGUUAUUGCUCAGAGAGGUUCAAAACACGUAUCGGCAGUGACAUCAGCAGAAAAAGGCGAAACAAUCUCCGUAAUAACAUCUUGCAAUGCGGAGGGGUCAUUUAUACCACCAACGUGCAUCUUUAAGGAGCUACAGGAAUUGUGCCUUUCAAUCCGUCUGCGAUUCCAUAUUACGCUUAUCUUACUGACAAACCUCAGGGAGCUUCACCUAAUGAACCUGAAUCUCAACUUUUACCGAAUGGUGAAAUAUCUGUUGACAAUAGAAAUGAAUCUGCUCAGGAUUCAUCUAUUAUUGAAAUAUUCGAAUCGGUAGUGAAUGAUUCAGCUGGACCAUCUGAUAUGAAGACACCUGAGAAAGAAAUAGAUACCCUUGGAAAAAUACUGGACAACAUUAACCCGAUUCCUAUCCCUGAAGCAGUCUCUUCUGCGAGGAAGAGAGGUGGACAGUUGGCUUCUGUCUCGACCAGCAGCGAUAAUAUUAGAAAUAAGAAAAAGAAACUAGAAGAAAAAUUACAAGCUGAGGCGAAGAAACGGAAAAAGAAAGAAAACAAGAAAUGCAUUAAACCAGGCCCUAGCCGAGUUCAAAGUAAGUCUACAAAACGGA